ACGCGCAGCCGCCCGCCCCCCCCCACCAACGGGCGGCUCCCCUUCCCGGACUACCACCCGCCCCAAUUAUCCCCCGGCGCCGCCACGCCCAGUCCUGCACAUGCGCGCCUGACGCCCGCUCCGCCUCCCCACCUUUUCUUAAAAAGAGAGAGAGAGAGGGGGGGGGCAGGGGAGGUGCGCUCGUGCACGCGCCAGCCGAGCGAGGCUCCACAGUUCCGUCGGGUUGGUGAGGCGGGGGAUGCGCGCGCGAGGCCCCUCUCGCGGCUGGCUUGGCGAGGGGAACAGAGGCGGCCGCGCCUGCCUGCCUGCCUGCCUAGGAGCGUCUUGGCUGCCCGCGCGGCUUGGGCAUCGUCCCGCCUUGGCGGGGGUCGCGGGCGCGCGCGGUGCGGGGGGAAACUGAGGCAGAGCCAUUGACCUGGGCUUCUGAGGAGGCCGCGCGGGGCUGGAGGGCGGUGGGUUGGGGGGCGCCUGGCGGCUUUUUUUGUUUUGACGAGCGCCUUAGUUCGUCGCCGCCGUCCGAGCCUUGGAUAUUAUUAAGACGCUUGACUGAAACCACCUCAGGCGCCGCCGUCUUUCCCCUCCCCACCCAAGCAGCGGGGCUGCCGCUUUCUUCCUCUUCGGAGCCUGAAGACAAAGGAGAUUCCCCCUCCCUGGGUGUUUUCGCUUUUUUGAAGAGGCCGAAGCCCCUUCGAGAUGGGCUGCACGCUGAGCGCCGAGGACAAGGCGGCGGUGGAGAGGAGCAAGAUGAUCGACAGGAACCUGAGGGAGGAUGGCGAGAAGGCGGCCCGCGAAGUCAAGCUGCUGCUCUUGGGUGAGGACGGCGGGAGAGGCUGCUUCUCCCUCGCUUUGCUGCCCAGAAAUUGAAUUCUCCACGGCAGCAUCCAGCAGGAAAACAAGGCGCUGCUUUAGCCCCGUGUGAAUGAUCAGUUGCGUGUCAGAUUACGUUCCUCCCUCCUCUGCAGCACUGACAGGGCAGUCCCACGCCCGUCUACUCAGAAGUAAGCCUUGCUGAGUUUGGUGGGACUUGCUCUCCAGUAAGGGCUUGCAAGGCUGAAAGGGCUGAGACUUCAUCCUCGAGAUCGCACCCUCGGCCUCGCCUGCCGCCUUCCACUUUUUGCCCUGCCAGUUAACAAGUUAUCAGCCUCUUGAUCUCAGCUGAAAGGUGCAGGGGAAGGAAUUUGCCUUCUGAGCAUCCUAAUUGUGAUUGGGGUGGUGGUGGGUAAAGUGUCGGUAAGAUAGAACACCUCUGUGUUGAGAGACCUGUGAUGUGUGGUCAGCUGUAAAGGCAUUUUCAGUUGAACGAAGCCAUAUUUCUCGGGUACCAUAUUUGUAGCCCUUACUGCAGUAUGUCACUUGGGCUCCUAUUGUUUGCCUGAAUGGUCUGCUUCUGUUGAUGGCAAAAGCAUAACUACAGGGCUGUGUAGGUGAAAUGCUGCUAGCAUGAAGGCUGCAAUUCAGACCUGAAUGUGAAAAUCCUUUGAACAGGUCUGUGGGACUUACUCUUGGCGAAUAGGAUGGGAAUGUUCAUGGGCUUGAGCUGUAAAUUUCUUAGAAUAGUUGGAUGACUGGUAUCAGGAAUAAGAAAUGGCUUAGGAUUGCUAAAUGAAACACCCCUCCCUAAAGUAAACAAGUCCACAUACACACUAUGGAACUUAAGGUAGUUUGGGUACUGGUGUUUUAUGAAAAUCAUUCUAAAUAAGGUUCAUCUGGAAAACUUUACAGUAGUUUACUAUUCUUAAUAUUUUCUGUUGUUUAGUAUGGAAGGAAAAUACUUGGGUGCCCCACCCCUGUUCCAGAAAUGUGUGUUGCUGCAUUAGGCUAUUGCUUAUGAAAGUUUAUACCAGAUAAUAAAGCUUGUGCUGCUUAUUUUUCAUACAUAUUCCCCUGUCCUGCACACUAUGGAUAACUUACUGCAUUUCAGAGCACUUUCAUGCAUGCUAGUUUUCCUAUAUUGAUAUUGUUUAUGUGUUGGUAAAAGUGUGUAAAUCUGUCAUGUGUGAUAAAUACAAAUAUAUUUAUCCUUUAUAUUGCAGCCCAAUAGUACAUUCUAUGCUGAAGUGAUAUCUGUGGUCUAGGAAAAUUGUCAUUGGCUAUUGUGGCCUUUUUAGCCUGAUUGACUAUGCAUUUAUGACUACAUUUAUUCAGGAGUGACUUCAAUGGGACUGUCAUCUAGGUACAUAAGAACAAUGGAAGCUGCUUUAUACUAAAUCCUACCAUUGGUCCUUUUAGCUCAAUAUUGUCAACACUGAUAGUAUCAACUUCCCAAGUUUUCAGACAGGAUUUUUUCUCAGCCCUGCAUCAAGAUGCCAUGCAAGGGAUUGGCCUUGGUUCCUUCUGCAUGCAAAGCAUGUGCUCUACUACUGAGUUACAGCCCCUCCCCUUAGGUAAGUGUGCAUAGAAUUAUAGCAUGAUCUUCAUAUUUACCGAGAAGUGCAUCUCGCUCCUGCAUGUGAGUGCGUAAGGUUACAAUCUUACCUGGAAGUACAUCCCAUUGAAUUCACUGGAACUGAAUAAAUAUGCAUAGGGUUGUUCUGCAUAUAUACAUAUCUAGAGUAUUCAAAUAGGGUAUUUUAAAAGCCGGUCACUUUCAAGUUACGAGGAUAGAAUAGGAGAGUGAUACAGAUUAAACAAAUAAAAGUCUUAAUUUGCGCUGCAAUUCCUCAUUUAACUAAAUACUGUUCUGGUUUGCCUAUAUUUCCAUAUUUUGACACUUAGGGCCAGAUUCAACUCACCUGGUGCACUUGCAGAAGCCAGUGUAAGGACUCCCAGUAGCAUAAUGGGGUUCCCUCCUCCUUCCCCCAAUUCCUUUGUCAAAUCUGCUCUGGAGGUUUAGAACUGCUGCAACAUCACACCAGGGUGAGAGGUUGUUUCAUAUGGCAGAUAAAUGCUUGUGCUGAUGGAACUCUACCCUUAAUUUUGUUAGGCUACGUAUUUAAUUGUGAUUAUCCAUAGUUUGGACAAUGAACAUAAUAAUAGCCAUUUAUAUAAUGCUUUCAUGCAUUCAAAACACUUCAAAUAUAUUAUAUUGUAACGUAAAAGGUAAAGAACCUCAGAUGGUUAAGUCCAGUCGGAUUUGACUAUUGGGUGCGGCACUUAUCUCUGCUUUCAGGCUGAGGGAGCCGGUGUUUGUCCACAGACAGCUUUCUGGGUCAUGUGGCCAGCAUGACCAAACUGCUGCUGGCACAGCAGGACGCCAUGACGGAAGCCAGAGCACAUGGAAACGCCAUUUAUCUUCCCGCUUCAGUGGUACCUAUUUAUCUACUCGCGCUGGUAUGCUUUUCAACUGCUAGGUUGGCAGUUAGUUAACCGUUCAACAAACAUGCAAAUAGUAUGUAAACUAUUCUGUGGGUAAACCCUAUCUCCACAUUGCAGAUGGAGGAGGUUUUUGGUUGCAUCCAGUAAAGUAGUUUGCCUAAGGACAUGCCAUGAAUUAAUAGUAGAAGUGAGAUACGAACUGUGAGUGCUCUAAUUUGUGUCUUAGAAACCAUGUUGUUGUUGUUUAGUUGUUUAGUCGUGUCCAACUCUUUGUGACCCCCUGGACCAGAGUAUGCCAGGCACUCCUGUCUUCCACUGCCUCCUGCAGUUUGGUCAAACUCAUGUUGGUAGCUUUGAGAACACUGUCCAGCCAUCACGUCCUCUGUCAUCCCCUUCUCCUUCUGCCCUCAAUCUUUUCCAACAUCAGGGUCUUUUCCAGGGAGUUUUCUCUUCUCAUUAGGUGGGCAAAGUAUUGGAGCCUCAGCUUCAGGACCUGCCCUUCCAGUAAGCACUCAGGGCUGAUUUCCUUCAGAAUGGAGAGGUCUUGCAGUCCAUGGGACUCUCAAGAGUCUCCUCCAGCACCAUAAUUCAAAAGCAUCAAUUCUUUGGCGAUCAGCCUUCUUUAUGGUCCAGCUCUCAUUUCCUAUGUCUUCUAUUGUGAAUUCCAUUGAAUUCAGUGGGGCUUCUAGGUAACUUGGGCUAGAAUUGUUGCCCAAGUUACUCCUGUUUAGUGAAAUUCUUUCUGUAUUGAAAAAGGAGUUUGCAAUGUUCUUCUAUUAUUUAUACUGCUUAAUAUGGAGGACAGCAACACAAGAGUGGGCCUUUUCUUUGGUGGCUCCCUGCUUACAGAAUAAAAAGCAGGGAGGUUUGGGUUGGGGUUUCCCAGCUACUUUGUGUGGCUCUCCCCAGGGAGGCUCAUCUGGUGCCUUUGUUACAUAUAUUUAGGCACCAGACAAAAACAUUCCUUUUCCAAGCCUUUAGCUAAUUAAACAACCUAUGGCAUUUUUAACCACGGGGGUGGGUGGGGGGUAUUGUUUUUGUUCAUUACUGUGGUAUGCAUUUUUGUGUUUUUAUAUUGUAAACUGCCCUGUGAUCCUCAGAUGAAGGGCGGUAUAGAAAUUUAACUAACAACAACAAUAACGGAUGCCUGAAAGCAUACAAGGACUACAGUUUACAAAUCAUUGUAAUAAAUUACUGUUGAAAACAGUUCAAAGUGUAUGGAAUAUUAUCAUGGAAGUUCCUCUCAUUCAAAGUAUGCCAAAUCUCAUGCUUAACCAUAUUUUAGAAUUACUGUAAAUUAGGACCUCAGGCCCAGGGGCCAAACACAUCCCUCCAGGACUCUUUAUCUGGCCCUUGGGACACUCACCAGGUGACAGCCCUCAGCAGCUUUGAGGCAAUCUGUACACAUUUUCUCAUAUAUGAAGCUUCACCACCUCCCCAGACCCAUUUAAAAGACCAUAGAUUGUUCAAGCAGCCAAAAACCUGGUUGAAGAGGCUUAAAGAUAUGUAAUGAGGGUGCCUGGCGAGCUGUGGAUGCAAGCAAUUUUACCCUCAAAAUGCUUUCCAAACAAGUCAUGGUGAGCUACCGUCGCUUUCGAGCCAGUCUGUAAAAGACCCCACACUUCCCAGAAAAUGUCUGCCGGACGACAUAAUAAGGAUGCAAUGGAGGCAGGAAAGUAUGCCUUCUUUCUGCCUUCACUGUCACUAGUUAGGCUCAACAAUGAGCCCUCACUAGUGUUCGAUAGCAUUCAACUACAGUUUUCCUUCACUUGCAUGCAAGCAGUUUUCCAGUUUGUUUCAUUGCCCUAAGCUCUUGAGUGUAUAUCAAGGAGCCAGGCAGGCUCUAUGAAGUGGGAGAGGGCUCUCAGGGGCAAUGACCCAUGGACCAGUUGUUGUUGUUUAGUCGUGUCCGACUCUUUGUGACCCCAUGGACCAGAGCACGCCAGGCACUCCUUUCUUCCACUGACCCAUGGACCUAUUUAAGCCCAAAUAAAAAAGACCAAAGAAAGAAACUUGCCCCCUCAAAGGACCCCACCCUAUAAAGCUAAUAAAUCCCCUGCCCCAAAUCUUGAAAAUUCUAUUUUAAAAUAUCAGGAGGAGCAGGGGGUCUCAGUUAAACUAUAUAUAUUACACAGGGAGUACGCAGGUGGUGCUAUGGUCUAAACCACAGAGCCUAGGGCUUGCCGAUCAGAAGGUCGGCGGUUUGAAUCCCAUGAUGGGGUGAGCUCCCGUUGCUCGGUCCCUGCUCCUGCCAACCUAGCAGUUUGAAAGCAUGUCAAAGUGCAAGUAGAUAAAUAGGUACCGCUCCGGCGGGAAGGUAAACGGCAUUUCCGUGCGCUGCUCUGGUUCACCAGAAGUGGCUUAGUCAUGCUGGCCACAUGACCCGGAAGCUGUACGCCGGCUCCCUUGGCCAGUAAAGCGAGAUGAGCGCCGCAACCCUAGAGUUGUCCGUGACUGGACCUAAUGGUCAGGGGUCCCUUUACCUUUUACCCUGUGUAAUAGGGUACUAAUAGCACUCCUUCCUAAUGUGAAUUACUUGGGGGUGUUAGUUUCUGAUUUAAUUUAAAACACACAAAUAUGUGGUCACAGAAUCAUGGUUUAACAGGAACUAAGGUUCUUCUUUUCUCAGUUGCAACACUGAUGUGAUUUUUCAGUGAUUCCACCUCCGACCCACAAUACUCAUUCUCCAUUAAAUAGGCCCAUAUGUUUGUUUGCAGCCUUCUGAAAAGACAAAUGUGUUCAAUGUAAAUGCAAGCUGGUUUCCAGGUAACAGAAUGAGGAGUUCAAAUUGAAGCGAACAGGAACACAAGUACCGUAAAAUAAUUCAGACUUGAAAAUAUAUUUGUUAAGUCAACCAGUAACUUCUCUUACAAAUAUAUUUGUUAAGUCAACCAGUAACUACUCUUACUUGUUAAAUCAACUGUCUGUAUAUUGAUUUAAUUAAGGACAAUAGGGCACUAUAUUAGUAUGUCAUUGGAUACGACUACAGAAGGAUCCAACCAAAAUCUGUUGGCAAAGUUAAUAUAACAAAAAGAUCUAUGGAAAUGUGUGGGUUAUUAAAUGCUCAAGGUCCUGAAAGUGAUAUAGAUGAAAUGUGUGGCAGAUAAUUUGGAAAUUAGAAUAGAAUGGGGCUUAUAUUUGAUUUUUGAGAUAGUCUGAAUAAACUGGGGUAGUAAAAUUGUUGCCAGAUUUUUUUUAAAAAAGCGAAGAUUUUAAAAAAGAGAAACAAUAUUUCUGCAUGAAAUUACAUAAAAUUAAAAAGACAAUAUGAUCUUGAAUAACAAUAGGAAGCCAUUUUAUGCUUUCUUUUGUGGUUUGAAAUCAGUAGUAUACUUGAUAUUUUGGUAUGUGGCUAGAUGGUCUUCCUAGAGAUGUAAUGAAGCUGUAUCAACUUUUUUUAAAUUUUGAGAUACUACAUUAAUCUAUCGUCUUCCACUAAUUUUUAUCUUAAUGGUGCAGCUAUAGAGACUUGUUUCGUUUUUGAUAAUUCACAUUUCAUUUUAAAAAAAAUAAUAUUUAUUGAUUUUCCAACCAUUUGAACACAAUAAAGCAGAAAAAACAAAAAAGAAAAAGCAAAGAAAAAAAGAGAAAAAACAUAAGAUUAACAAAACAAGACGCAAACCAUUUAAAACACAAAAACAAUUUCAAUAUCUUAACUUUCAUUCCCUUAUUUCCACGACCUCCUCACGCCUCCCUUUCUGUAUUCCACUUCUAUUAAUUGUUUUAGCAAUUCCUUUCCAUCUUCCUCUGUUUUCUAUCCUAUAAUUAUCUUAACAAAUUCUAAUCUUAUUUUUCCCUUUAAUACUCUAUUUCUAUUUAUACUUAAUUCCUUAUAACAUUUCUACUAAAGCCAUAGAACUUCAUUCCAACAUUUUUCUAACAUUCAUUAUUUUUACAAUAUUUCUAUACAUAGUCUUAAACUUUUUCCUGUUUUCUUCCACCAACUCUUCUUCCUGGUCUCGGAUUUCUGCCAGUCCUUUCCGCCAAUUCCAUAUGAUAAUUCACAUUUCAAAAAAACAUGAUUUUUGAUCUUGGCUUAUUAGGAAGCAACUUUAACCAUCAUUAUUUUCCCCAAAGAAUCAUGGGAACUGUAGUUUGUUAAAGGUGCUGAGAGUUGUUAGGAGACCCCUAUUCCCCUGACAACACAGCUACACUUUCCAGAGAAAUUUAAUGAGUCCAUCUUCCUAGGGAAUUCUGGGGAUUAGAGCUCUUUAAGGGUACCCCCCACAUACACAGGUCACACAUACACUUGAUACUGAAAUCUGCUACAUUUAUCUUUGAUUUACUAGAAAGGAAACAUCCCUGGCAAGCCAGGAUGGAAACAUGUGAUGUAAUCAUCCCAGUGAAUUUGAAUAUAGCCGCAUAAUUUUUCUUAAGUGGUGAAGUAAUUCAUGGGGAAAACCUGGUGUGGACAGACUUCAGGCUUGCAGUGUUUUCUGUUUUGUUUACUGGAACCAUCUCCAUCAAAUGGUGCUUAGGUACAAAAUACUGGUUUCACCCCAAGCUUAAUCAGUAGCCCAGAGUAACCAAUGUGGUGCUCCCCAGAUGUUGGACUGCCAUAAUUCCCUAGCAGAAUGGCCAACAAGCAAGUAUGAUAGUCCAACAACAUUUGGAGAACAUCACUUUGUCUGUCCCUGAGUAGCUUGAUUUUGGAAGGCUGUCUCUGGUUUAGAAGCAAGCAUCAGACUUGUCCAUCUUCCUCCUGUUGGGCUGCUCACCUGUCAAUUACUUGAUGUCGUCAUGAUGUUAGAUGACCCAGCUUCAAAGGAAAGAAGCACUCCAAGAGUGCACUCCAAGUUUUUAAUGUGAUUUCAUCAGUAAGAUGUAUUCAUGAGAAGGAAGCAUAAUUGGAAUCCAUAGUUAUAUAUGUUUUUAUUCAAUAUCUUACCUGUGUUUUACUGCAAGGUCCCAGGGUAGGUUAGAACAAUUGUUUACCUCUUUUGUUCAAAUUCAUGAAAUGUCAGAACUGAUAGCUAGAUCUCUUAGUUUUAUAAAUCAUUAAUUUAGUUCAAAUUUACUGAAAAACUUUAAAGUACUAAAAUACUUCUCUCCAACAACUUUAACAUAUUCAGUGUACCUCUGGAUGCGAACGGGAUCCGUUCUGGAGCCCCGUUCGCAUCAUGAGCAGAACGCAACCUGCGUCUGCGCGCAUGUUGCGAUUCGUCGCCUCUGUGCAUGCGUGUGGCAUCACUGGCGUCUGCGCGAGCGGCGAAACCUGGAAGUAACCCGUUCCGUUACUUCUGGGUCGCCACAGGACGCAACCUGAAAAGAUUUAACCCAAAGUGUCUUUAACCCAAGGUAUGACUGCAUUGGAAUAGUAGUGUGUGGAUGUUCACAUGUAAAUAUUGUAGCAAUACAAUUGUUUCUUAUGUCUGUUCAGGCAGAGACUGUAACUUGGUAACAGAACAUAUGUUUUGCAUGAAGAAGAUCCCAGUUUCAAUUUCUGGUGCCUCCAGGCAAGUCCAGGAAAGAGUUGAUUGGAAAUAUUGGAGAGCUGCUGCCAGUUGGUGUAGAUGCUACUGAUCAAGAUGGAGCCACAGCUUCCUAGAAUUAUAUAUUGGAAUAUGAAGCUUGCCAAUGUUCCCAGUAGUUUGCCUACCUCAAUGCUUCUCUGGUAGCAAGCAGCCAGGCACCUCUAGCCUGUACGAUGGUGAUAUCCUCUUGUUUUGUGUUCAUUCUUUGGUAUUUUGAAUUAUCCUGGCUCUCGAGUUAUAUUCCUGACUCACACCCAGGUUGGAAUAUUAUCUUCCAUUAUCUUCCAGGAAGUAAUUUGCAGCUAAUCAGAUUAUGGUGUAAAUGUGAAAAGAAACUAUUAAUAACCAUAAUAAUGUGUGGUGGGGUGUGUGGAGAGAGAUUGCCAAUAGGUUCAACCUUUACUUAGUAACUUGGUUUUUGUAUGGGCAGAUUUAAUGCCAUUGUUUUAAUGGCAGAAGUGGUGUAAAUUUCAUUAUUUCCAUUAAUAGCAAACUCUAGUGUGUUGAGUACUGAGUCUAGGAAUCAGAACAGAUUCACUGACAAGAGGGCAGUAUCAACAGGCUCAUGGGAACCUGAGAUAGGCAGACAUUCCAAUAAUUUAAAAAUUCCUAAAAGGGCUACUCUACUCCAAACAAUAUAAUAAACACAGAAGGAGUGUCAUGGAACCAUGCAGUUGGAACAGAGAAAUGGGAAACAGGGAGAGUGAAUUGGCCUCUUUCAGAUUUCUGGAGGGGGGGUAUGACCAGAUGACCUGUUUAACAGGAGUGUUCCUAGGGAUACACUUUUAGUAUUUGUACGAAUUCCACUUGUUUUUCCUAAUGAUGAAAUCGUUAAUAUAAGUAAUUGAAACUCCCAAAUGUACAGAAAAAAGGGAUUUAAAAAUGUUCCACACAUAAAAUGUUGUAAAACACAUUUAACAGAAUUCAAACUUCCCACAAUCAGUUUCACACUGAUUUCCAAAUAUUGCAUUGUAUUAUAUACAGUUUGUAUAGUGUGCUGGCAAGGCCUGCUUAGGCCUCACGCAUUAAUUGAGACACCAACAUAGAAUGUGCUCCAUAGUUUCCUAUAGCUGGGCUUUGCAAGUGCAGAUCAGUAGUGGUGGACAAACUAUUUUGGUUUUUUAAAAGGAAUGUGGACUACUAUUACUGAUAUUUUGUUUGCACAACCUCUCAACCUCAGUGGAAAUAAAGCUUGAAAAGUGCUGAUAUAUGGAAUGAGCAACAGGCUUUUGGUUAACAAUGUUUUGGGUGUUGUUUUUCAUAGGAGCUGGUGAAUCAGGAAAAAGCACAAUUGUCAAACAAAUGAAGUAAGUAUGUUUUAGGAGUGAAAACAAAGUUAAUAGAUGACUUUUAGUUAAAACAAAGACUGAUUUUUCUUUCUUUUUUUAGGAUUAUCCAUGAAGCUGGUUAUUCAGAAGAAGAAUGUAAACAGUACAAAGCUGUUGUCUACAGUAAUACAAUUCAAUCCAUUAUUGCUAUCAUUAGAGCAAUGGGGAGGUUGAAGAUAGACUUUGGGGAUUCUGCUAGAGCUGUAAGCAUUGAUGUACUCCUUACUUAAUGUUCACUUUCAUUGCUGUACUUCUGAAAUCCAUUUACAAGAAUUAGUGAACUAUGUUCUGUGUGAAAUAGUUAAUCUUUUUCUUUCAACACAUCUUCUCUGACCAGACAAGGAGUCAGCUUGAAAAAUAGGGCAAGUUUUCAUAUCCCAAAAUCUUUGCAUGGGUGAAAGAAGUAAAAUACUAGAUGAAACGGCAAAGAAAGAUUAAUUGCCACACACAGGAAAGAGGAUAUAGUUUUGAGUUCUUCACUUGCAGUUUUAUAAAUCAUUUAAUGUGCCAACACAAAUAGAAGCUAGUAUUAUUGCAGUUGCUGUAUAAGGAUUAUUAUGACCAGAAUGCAAUGGAAAUUAAUAAGAUUCUUGAACGCAGAAAUAAAGAAAAUAACCAAACCAUCAAAUCUAGCAUGUGGAGGGCCACUUUAUCUAAAUUAUAUUAUCCGAUAUUUGAACGAUUGGUAUUAAUAAUUGUAUUACAAAUUGGAACUGUUAUAAUGAGGCUAUUAUUGGAUUGUAAUUGAAAACUAAUAAAAAGUAUAAUAAAUAAAUAAAUAAAAAGUCAGUUACUUUCAAGACCUGUGGAAAAUCUAAGGCAGGACAAAGAAUCUGUCCCCCUUCAUGCCUAAACAAGGUGGAAGAAGCCAGUUAGAUGCCAUUAGAGUACAUCAUCUGUGACUUUUGACCAUGAUUGCUGGGGCUUAUGGGAGUCCAAUAACACCUGCUAGGUCACAGGUUCCCUACCUCUCCUCGAAAGUCAACUUGUAUGAGAUGGUUGUAUAAAGCUUUUGAGAAGUAGUAUAUUAAAUAAUUUGGCUGCAUUAACAGAAGUAUGGUGUCCAGAUUAAGGGAAGCAAUAGUACCACUCUAUUCUACCUUGGUCAGACCACACCUGGAAUGCAGUGUCCAAUUUUGGGCACCACAAUUUAUGAAGAGUUUUGACAAGCUGGAACGUGUGCAGAGGAGUGCAACCAAGAUGAUCAAGGGUAUGGAAGCCAAGUGUUAUGAGGAAUGGUUGAAGGAACUGGGUAUGUUUAGGCUGGAAAAGAGGAGAUAGGAUGGCCAUCUUCAAAUAUCUCAAAGGCUGUCACAUGGAAGGAAGAUGGAACAAGUUUGUUUUCUACUCUAGGGGGUAGGACUCAAACCAAUGGCUUUAAGUUACAAGGAAGAAGAUUCCAACUAAACAUCAGAAAGAACAUCCUGAUAGUAAGAAAUGUUCAGCAGUGGAGCAGACUCCUUCAGGAGGUUGUGGACUCUACUUCCUUGGAGGUUUUAAAGCAGAGGCUAGAUGGCCCUCUGUCAUGGAUGCUUUAGCUGAGAUUCCUGCAUUGCAGGGGGUUGGACUAGAUGACCCUUGGGGUCCCUUCCAACUUUACAAUUCUGUGACAUUUUGGAAAUCCCCAUUUUCUUAAAAAAAGAUUUCUUGUAAUACAGACGUUAAAUGUUUUUUGUUUAAUUUUAUUUAUGUGAAUUGAUUGUCAACUUUGUAGAAAAGUAAACAGCUGUUUUGCUAUUAUGACAGUUUGAAAGCUGAAUAGAGUUUCUGGGAACCUUCACAGUUUUUGUUUCUUUUUUAACAGGAUGAUGCUCGUCAACUCUUCGUUCUUGCUGGAUCAGCAGAGGAAGGCUUUAUGACAGCAGAACUUGCUGGAGUUAUCAAGAGACUGUGGAGAGACAGUGGCGUUCAAGCUUGUUUCAACAGAUCAAGAGAGUAUCAGCUUAAUGACUCAGCAGCAUAGUAAGCUUAAAACAAGAACCAGCAUUGCUGUGAUGGCACAGUUGCCAAAUUCAUUUUGCUGCUGAAAAGAGAAGCAGCAAGCGAGGGAUACAAGUGAGGGACUCUUAAAAAAAAAAAAAAGUCCAAAGAGAUUUUGAGAUGAGCACAUUCUUAUCACUAUAUUUCUGAUUAAAUCCCUAAACUAGCUGAGCAAAGUAUAGCAAUACAUUUUAUUUCCAGUAUAGUGUUGUUGUUCUUUUAAAAAGAUGUUGCCAAAUAGAUGAAAUACAUCUAAAAUUAAUAGUACUGUCAGUCUAUGAUGAAUUGCUGUCAACUUUGCCAGGAUAGAAAUAAUCACAAUGUUCUGAAGUUGUCAUUUUAUACAUAUAUGCAUAGGGUAAUACAAUAUUCAACAUUGUUUAUACUCGGAGUAGACCCAUUGAUAAAGUUAAAUAAUUUCAAUACAUAUUUAUGCAUACAUUACUUACACACACACACGUAUGUAAUAUAAGAUAGCAAAAUCCAUAGCUUAUAUUUACUAACAAAAUGGCUACACCUGGAUAGUGGAGUCAGAUUAACCUGGCAAGGUGGUAAAAUAAACAUAACCUUGCUUUUAAUCUACUAUUACAUACUACACAUAUUCUGCAAACUUAAUAAAGCAAAUAGUAUUUCUUGCCAUCUCCGCAUGAUGAUAAGCCAGAAUGUGUAUGAAAUCAGCCUUAUUUUUUCCAGUGGGUUUUUACAUGUAGAGUCAACCUUAGAUUUAAUUAAUUGGUAAAUCAACAUUUAGUUUAAUUUCCUGUUGGCAUUUCAUCUAACAUAUUUAUUUCCUCUGAGGUUAUAAUCACUAUCCUACUAAUUGUACCUAAAAGUGAAUCCCACUGAUGUUGUUGGGACGUCCCCCGAAGAAAAUGAACAUACAUACGAAUGUAACCUUAGAGCUCAAUUCUAUAUCUGCUCAGAAGCAAGUCCUACUAAGUUUGGUGAGGCUGCCCACCAAGUGUGUGUAAGAUUACAGUUUUAGGUUGUGUGCAUUCUUACUUGGGAGGAAACCCUACUGACUACAGUUGGACUUGUCUCUGAGUACACAUUCAUAGGAUUUUACUGCGAGUGUUAUUGAGUUUAUUUACUUGUUAAAUCAUGUUUUUAAAUCACUUCCAAAAAGGUAAAAAUUUUGCUACUGUAUUACCUAAAUGUGUCAGGUGGUGUAGAAUAGAGUUAUUCGAAACUGCCCAUAAUUUAUCUGUACCCUACCAAUACCUGAGUAGCAUGAAGUUGGUAUUUACUGUCCAUGCCAUUUGUUUCAAAUUGCAUGUUAUGCUUAAGUAUCAAACAGCUGAUUUAUAUUUUUAUUUUAUACAUUAAAAAAAUACUUCUAGCUACUUGAAUGACUUGGACAGGAUAGCCCAGACUAGCUAUAUCCCGACACAGCAGGAUGUCCUCAGGACUAGAGUGAAAACCACAGGAAUAGUGGAAACUCAUUUUACUUUCAAGGAUCUCCAUUUUAAGUGAGUAGUCUCAGGAAAUAUGAUAUGUAUAUAUUUUGUGUAACUAUUUUGUAUAAAAUGUUAAUAUUUUCAAAGAGUAAAAGCUACUUACAUUUUACAAAUGUAGAUACUUUCCUGGUGUCCAUUGGAAAAAUCCUACUAUCUGUUCUGAGGCAUUCUAUAGCAAGCAAAGAGAUAUAUUAACAGUUCUCUUUUCCAAGCGUUUCUUCUAAUUCCUACUUUCUUUGCUGGAUAUCCUUAACUUCUAUAACAUGCCAUUUUUCAGUUUGCUCUUCAUAACUUAUAAUUCUUCUUUAUCUCCCAAAAACCAAUAAAUGCAUGAAUCUUGUAAUUUUCAUAUUAAUUUUGUAUUGCUGCUCUGCAGGAGGAGGAGGGGUGGGUUACAUUAGAGAAUUUACUUAGCAAUAUAAAGCAAUCUGAAAAAAAUCAUUGCAUUUGAAUGUGAUAUAAUAAGAGGGCACUAAGCUGCACAGCACAUCAGUUACACAACUAACUUUCCACCCUAUUUCCCAGUGAUUGGUUUCAGUCCCUUCCGUCUCUCCUUCCUGGUGUUAACAUCUGAGGAAGAGAGGCGGGGACAUAUGUAAUUGUCAGGUAAGAUUAGAGAAAACUGCAGGCAAAUAUAGUGCUGCUCUGUAGGCAAGUAUAUGUAGUAUUACUGUGAUGAUACGCUUCGGCUCAUAUUCUAAAAUGUGGAUUUAUUGAUAAUCUGCAUUAAUGAGCAUGUUGUUGUUUAGUCGUUUAAUCGUGUCCGACUCUUUGUGACCCCAUGGACCAGAGCACGCCAGGCUCUGAUAAUGAGCAUAGAUUAAUGAGCAUAGAAACCUGUAAUUUAAAAUGUUAUCUGGUUAAAUUUUGCUCCCACAUAACAGUGUUUGGAGGCAAAUUUGGAGGCUAAAAUUGCAAUAGCCUACAUCUUCAGCUACAUUUGACCUAAUCAGAAGAAUCAUUCUUGAAUUUGGGGGAAAUCCCGUCUUAAAAUAAUCAUUCACAUUUUUUCCCUUUUUUCCCCCAGGAUGUUUGAUGUUGGGGGCCAAAGAUCAGAACGGAAAAAAUGGAUUCACUGCUUUGAGGGAGUAACAGCCAUAAUUUUUUGUGUUGCACUGAGUGAUUAUGAUUUGGUCCUUGCUGAAGAUGAGGAAAUGGCAAGUAAACCCACUUUGAAACAAGGAACAUUAGGUAGGCCAGGCCCACCCAAGUUAGUACAGCUCUUUGUGUUACACAGUAGUCCUAGGUCCGCUUCUGACAAUGACAGCAGCAUGAGAUCUGUUACAGCAUAUGAGCUUCCUGUGCCACUUUUGUAAUACUGAACAAUUUAGGUCACCUAUACAGACUCAACAAUGUCAGCACUGCUCAGUUUCCUCUGCAUGGAAAAAGGCAUGUAACGGGUUCUUCCUAUAUUUUAUAGAUCUUCCAAAACUAUUGUGUGCUGCAGAAGCGAGAGCACGUAGCACGUAGCUCUUACCCACCAAAGCUAAUCGUGGAAGGAGCCCCUGUAUUCUGUGAAACUUCUAAAUUAAAUACUGUCCUGUUAUUUAUCAUCAUUAGAUAGGGAAUGUGAGUGGGGUAAUCACCAUGUCUAAGCAGAUGAUGGUUUAUAGAUUUUGUAAACUGGUAAUGCAACCUUUUCCAGAGUCAGAUCCCACUGAAAGCAAAAUGUGCAAGUCUCCAAGAAUAUAGAAAAAAAGUUACUGUAAAUUAAUAGGUCUCAAUUCAUCCAGAUUUAGACGCCCAUUUAAUUCCAAUGGGAGAACUAAACAUAUAAAUGGAAUUUCAAAGUGUUUAACUUUGGAUUGAUAGAGGCCGUUGCCUGAAACAUAUAAUCAUCCAUUAGAAAUUAUUAUUUUGCCCUUCUUCACCUAAUCCAUUGUCCUCCUGGAGAGUUCAGUAACUUGGAAAAUGUCCUGACACACAAGCUUCCAAAAAAAACAUGAUGUAGGCUUUUUGGGUUUCAUUGGGUAGGAGAGAGGGGGCUAAACUUAUAUAUCAUAUUUUUCCAUUGCAGAAUAGGAUGCAUGAAAGCAUGAAAUUAUUCGACAGUAUCUGCAACAAUAAAUGGUUUACAGACACUUCCAUUAUCCUCUUCUUAAAUAAGAAGGAUCUUUUUGAAGAAAAAAUCAAAAGGAGUCCCCUCACUAUUUGCUACCCAGAAUAUCCAGGUAUUUACCAUUUUAUUUCCAAAAGAAACAAAAACUGAAAGAGAGAAGAGAAUGUAUUGAUCUGAUACCUUAGGUUAUAACAGUUGAGAAAACCAUACUUGUAAAUAAGUACCAGAUUACUGUAAGUCAGAGACUUUCACUGUGCAGCUCGUAUAGCCCACUCUAACCUUUUACAAAAAGUAGUGUAGUAUUCUAAUAAUCGGUAUUGUUUUGCUGUCUGAUUAAAUGAGAAUAUUAUCUGCAGUCUGUAUAAUCAGUGUUUGAAAAUUUGAUUGUGUAUAAGCCUGAUGACGGAGACUGCAUUGUUGUUGUUGUUUUGUUCAAUACCCAGAAAAAGAGAUGCUUCAGAGUAAUAAUAAUAAUGAACCAAAUUCUUAUAUGAAAAAGCAGUGCUUAUCAAACUCUUUCAAGAAAUUCUAUCUCUCUUUAGCAGCUCAUCAGGGACUCUGUAGUGAGGAGAAAAGUAAUAGUGACAGAUUUAUACUUUAGUGCACGGCUGUAAGGAAGUAUGGACUUUAUUAUUGUGUAUACUCUCAAUUAAGGCAGAGCAGAGGUAAGCCCAGGAAUCCUGUUGCAGUGCCCCAUCAAAAACUAUGUGAACUGUAGACCAUGACUCAGAAUUCUUUGCAACGUGCAGGAGCUUCAUGGUAGCAACUUGGGAGGUGGAGCACCAGAAGAGAUGAAAUGGGAAGUUUUCUGUGACAGUAGAAUGUUUGAAAAAGAAUGUUAGAUGAACAAGUGUGGCAAGGAAGGUUACUUUGUACAUUACUUAGCAGGAAGGCAAUAUACAAAUUUUAUAAACAUGUUAAGUUUAUAAUGACUGUUUACCAUUCGUAAUUUUGACUGCCACAGCAACAUCUCGGAUAAUCCAAAUUUAUUCAGGCUAAAUCUUCACUACCAAAUUCUUAUUUCAGAGUGCUGAUCUAUGACGGGGGGGAAAAAACCUGCAGUGAUAUAAUUCACGUAGAUCUCUUCAAGCUUUCUUCUUCUUUUUGCCUAUUUCAAAUGACAUAUCUCACUUUAGAAGUUUUAAGACAAAGCCUAUGAUUCAGAGAGAACUUUAUGUUCUGAAAAAUGCUAUGCCAGAUAAGGAUAAGUGUAAAAACUGUUAUUGAUUUAGGCAAUAAUCCUAAUAUGCACCAUUGAACCCUGAGUGGCUUAUUUCUGAGUAAACAGGAUUGCACCUUAGACCAGCUAGAGUUUAUUUGUUUUACAAGUUAAUCGCUCUGAAUGGUUUUAGGGUUGGUUAACAUUUUUAGAGCCAAGGGUUUGACCCUUCAGCGGCCACAUACCUCCAGUUGGUAUGGCCACCACAUACUCUCACAAACACCCACACUUAUGCACACAUACAAAGGCUCACAGCCCAUCCCUCAGGGAGGGCAGUUAUUUCCCCACCUUGCUCAUCAAAUGAUAUAUAUGAUGAUCGGGGAAGAAGUGAUUUGUAUGCCCAUCAGGCUGCUAGACUGGGCUGAGAAGUUUAAACUUACCCAUCCACAACAGCAGCAUGUCUACUUUAAUUUUUGUUUCUUUUUACUACUGAAAUCAGCAGGGCCUGAUGCAGGCUCCAACCCAGGGAUUAGUCACCCCUGGUAUGUAUUAAGCAUUCUAGAAAUAAUUAAAUUACAAUUUUUCUACCAUUUACUGUGCAUAAGUAAAAACAAAGUGUGACAUCCUGGGAUUGACCACCCAUUAGUGAAAUGGACUUCUGCUGGCAGAACCAGAAUGUCUCUUCCUUUUCCUGCAGCCCCUCAUGCCCCUCACACAAACAACCCCAAAUGUUCACUGGAGGGUUGAGAGAUCCUCUAGAGCAGAUUUGGGGAGAGGAAUGAAGAAAGUAGGGGGCUGCAUUGUGCAUUCAGAAGUCUAUCUGCACAAUAUUGGAUUUUUUUCCCCAGAGUUCUUUAGCUCCUUAAAAACUAACAAGACUACUAUGACAAUUCUUUUGUGGACUAAAGCCCACUUCCUUGGCUACAGGAAGGUUUUUUUGUUUUGUUCCUGUUUUUAUCAUGCAUUUUGUGCUUUUAUAUUGUAUUUUUAUGUUGUGAACCACCCUGAGGUCUGUGGAUGAAGGACAGUACAUAAAUUUAAUAAAUAAAUAUUGAUCUAUUCAUAUUAGAAGACACACAUACAAAAAGAGGGGGGGAAGCAUUGGGCCAGAUGUCAUGAAAUAGAAAUUUACAUUCAUACAAUUCAAUUGAAAAUUAAAUAUGCAAAAUAAGCUCAGUAACAAUGUCAAUAUUUUGUUGACAAUGGUGAUCUUAACAUUGCUAAAUUACUGUUGUGGGAUAGAAAAUCAUCAUCUUAGUUCAACAUUCUAGUUGAGUUCUAAUUCUGCAAUUUCAUCCUAUAGUCUCUUUUGCAAAUGUGUUUGCUGUAGAAUUGCCACUUUUGAAGAUUGAAAUGUUUCCCCAUUAGUUUCUGAAAUGUUGCCCUUUCUAAGGUAGAGAUCUUUUUGCCAUAUAAAAAGACUAUUCUUGAUAGGUAUUAGCUUAAAUAACAUUAGAAGACGUAGCAGAUAAAUUAAACUUUGAAGUUACUAGAGCUGAUGUUAGUAGAUUCUUAAUGGUGUUACCUGAGCAGGUAUAAAGAUGAUCUUUCAAAUAAGUCAGAUGAAAAUUAGUCAAUCUUUCUGUUAUUGUCCCUGUUGUUAUAAAGCAUGUGCUACAAUCUUCUGUUUUAGAAUUUUGUUUGUGCAUUUCAUCUUAUUCUUUUUUUUUAGGAUCAAAUACAUAUGAAGAGGCAGCUGCAUAUAUCCAGUGUCAAUUUGAGGACCUGAACAAAAGAAAAGACACAAAGGAAAUUUAUACUCACUUCACAUGUGCUACAGAUACUAAGAAUGUUCAGUUUGUCUUUGAUGCUGUAACUGAUGUUAUCAUAAAGAAUAACCUAAAAGACUGUGGUUUGUUCUAAACAUUUAUAUCAAAUUGUACCUUUUUUUGCAUUAACCAAAUGAGUCACAACUUCAUUUUUUUAGACCAUAAAUAUGUUCAUGAGUGAUACUUUAGUCAUACUCAGACUAGACACUCUAAAUUAUUGGACUUAAAUUUAUUGAUUUCAACAAAUCUACUCUGAGAAUGACUAACAUUGGCUACCACCCUAUGUUUUUGUUUAUGUAAUCUGAUUUUCCUGGUCUUGAUUAGGUUGAAGCAUAAAAUUCAAAUCUACAGGUUUAUGUGGUAACAUGAAAAAGCAUUGGCCAGACCAAUAUUGUACUAGCUUGUUUAAACAGUUUUAUUUAUGUUUGUUGUAUAGAUUUAAAUAGUGUUGAAUAACAAUCAACACACCAUGAUUGACUGUUUAUGUGUGACUGUGUGUUGUUUAUGUAAACAUUGAACAAAUAUUUUAAUGCAUCCCGUAGAAUUUUCAUGUUUUAAGGACUGCUUUUUCUGUAGGAGAAAAUGUUUUUCCUUUUAGAUUUUUCAUUAUUCAAACAAAUCUUUUUUAAAAAAACGCCAGAAACCCUUAAUUUUCCAUAUAAUACAUGUGACAUAGUUGUUCUUAGAUUUUAUUUAUGCCCCUGUAAUUAGCAUAGUAGGCUUUUUCUUGAUUAUAGGAUCCUUUACACUUGCUCAGGAUUAAAUAAGAAAUGCCCCAAUGGAUUUCCCCGAGUUAUUUUCUCCCAAACUUUUAGAGAACCACUUUUGAACAUUUCAGAUUUACAGCAAACAAGCCAUUCUCCCAUCUUGCAUACUUCUAUGCCAAAUGUUUUAACCGUUAGAGGAGAAUUCUUGCUGUGAUUCAGCAUGUAGAAUCAUGAUCCUCAGAAAGUACAUGCCCAAGACAUUCUAGAUUUCCUUCUAGAAGAAAUCCAUAGCAUUGAUUGUGUCUCCCUGGAUGGAAGCAUAUUUUUUUACUUGUUUUAUAUUUUAUUGGUUCCUUUUAGCUUGUGUGUCUCGUGAGACAUACUAAAAGAAAAAGUAUUUGAAUUAAAAUCAAGGAGUUGUGUUCAACCAAGUCUUACUCAGAGAAGACACACUGAAUUGAAUGAACCUAAGAUAGUCAUGUUUAUUAACUUCGAGUGUACUCAGAGUAGAAUUUGCUGUGUAUACCAUCCAAGGGAUGGAAAUGAACAUUUCAAGCUUCAUGCAGUUUUACCAAUGUAAAUUUUCUUUGCCUUUUCUCAGGGGAACGGCCUUCUACUUUUAAUAUGUGUUCCAUGAAAGCUUAAUGCCAACUUUUUUAAACACAAAGAAAUUUUCAUUCAGAGCAGUGGGCACAUUAUCCAUUGUAAUUGAAAUACAUAUGCAAAUAGGGGUUUUUGCAUGCUUUCAGAAAGAAAAUAUUGUCCAACAAGUAUCAUUUGUCUCAUACAGUAACAUGCAGAGUUACUGGGAUCCAGAGAGGCCCAUACACAGGUGCAAGGCACUUCCAUCCACACAAGGGGACAAGAUGUGGCAUCUUUUCCCCUCCCUUAUGGCAGCAGGUUCCUUAUUUGCAGGUGCUGUUUUUGAGGGCCUCCAACCUUCAGAGUUACAUUUGUGGAGCAUAGAGUGCUCCUGCUAGAAGGGAGAAGCUGGCAAGUCCCCAUAUAUGAGUGGUGCACUGCACAGGGAGCUUUGAAUCCUUGCCUGUGUAGAUCCCAUGGAGGUUUCAUCAUCAUUUGCUUCUGCUCCCAAAGAGGCAAACCAUUAUGGCCUGCCUUUUUAGCAGUUAGAGCUGCUACGGGAGGAGUCUCAAAAACAGGCUCAACUUACUAUGUUGUGCCUUACUGAUAACUAAAAGGUUACUUUGAAUUGCAGCUGUAUUUUACAUUGCUUUAUGCUACAAGGCUGAUUGUAAUGUCUAUACAGAUUUCUAAACACACAUAAACAUGAAAUAAGGAGCUUUGUAAAUAAACGUUGACUUGGCUUUCUCUAUCAUUCUGUCACCUAAAAUACUGAUGUAGCCAAGUUGCAAAUAUUGUUUUCUUUUGGUAUGUUGGUAGAUUUCCCACAGAGAAUGUGUUCUAUGUUUCUGUCUAUUCCUCUCUCCCCUGUCCAAAUCAAACAAAACUCUGAACAUGGUCCUGUUUAGUGUUAUGUUCGGAAGGGUUUAGCCCAAACAUAACAAGAUCUCUACUGUUUUUCAGUAUUGAUCUAAAUUGUCACCUUGCCAUCCAUGUUCCAUUCUGGGGAAUAUUUAAAUUAUUGGUGUAAAUCCCAUUUGCAUCCUGCCUUUCCUCUAAGAAACUGAGGGCAGUGUACAUGUGCUUGAAAGCACAAGUUUACUAGAGAAAACAAAAUGGCAGUGAAAUGGUGGAAAUGGACGGAACAAGUCUAAACAGACUUGAAGUAUUAGCACCCAAAAAAGUGGUUUGUGUACUCCGACAGUUGUGCAUCAUCGUGCUUUAUUCGUUUAAUUCUGUCACUGAAGUAUUUGGUAGUAAAUGUAUCUAUAUCCUUAAUAUUAGAUUUUGUACAUUACUGCAGUUUUUUAAAACAAGAUUAAACUACAAGAAAAUUUCAAUUUAAGUUAUUUGUGCCUUGUCGAAAGAAAUAUUUUUUCAUUGAGCACAACUAGUGAAAAGCCUUCUGUAACCAUAAGUGAAGUGCAAACAAAAUAAAAAUAUGAGUAAGUUCA